AUGCCUGCCAGGGUGGAAGGCGUCCCCGGCCGGGGCUGGGCACCCCGGUGCCCGGUGGCGGGGGAGCGGUCAUUUGAGGGAAAGGGGCUUUGAAGGGAGACGAGGCGGGGCCUGGCUCCGGAAGCGAAUCCGGGUCGCCGAGGCCGACCGGGAGGCCCUCAGUCGGUCACCGUGCCCCCCGUGUCGCCCCUUCAGGUGUCCCCCGGCGUCCCAGACAUGAGCGGAGGAACUCUGGCCGGAGGGCCGGCGGGGCCGGGCCCCGGCCCCGGGGAGCGCUUCGAAGGCGUCCGGCCGCCCGGCCCCGGGUCGGCCGACGACACGGACGCCAACAGCAACGGGUCCAGCGGCAACGAGUCCAACGGGCGGGAGUCCCGCGGGGCCUCCCAGCGCAGCUCCCACAGCUCCUCGUCCGGCCACGGCAAGGACUCGGCCCUGCUCCGCUCCACGGGCAGCAGCAAGAGCACCAACUCCCAGAGCCCAUCCCCGCCCAGCAGCUCGGCCGCCUACAGCCUCCUCAGCGCCAGCUCCGAGCAGGACAACCCGUCCACCAGCGGCUGCAGCAGCGAGCAGUCGGCCCGGGUGAAGACGCAGAAGGAGCUGAUGAAGGCCCUGAAGGAGCUGAAGCAGCGGCUGCCCGGCGAGCGGCGGGGAACGGGCCGCUCGGGGACGCUGGCCACCCUGCAGUACGCUCUGUCCUGCGUCAAGCAAGUCCAGGCCAAUCAGGAUUACUACCAGCAGUGGAGCCUGGAGGACGGGCCGCCCGGCGCCGCCUCGGACCUCUCCUGCUACACCCUGGAGGAGCUGGAGAGCAUCUCAUCCGAGUACACCCUCAGCAACCAGGACACGUUCUCGGCGGCCGUGUCCUUCCUGACGGGCCGCAUCCUGUACGCGUCGGACCAGGCGGCCCCGCUGCUGCGCUGCCGGCCCGAGCGGCUGCGGGGGGCCCGCUUCUCGGAGCUCCUGGCCCCGCAGGACGUCGCCGUCUUCUACGGCUCCACCGCCCCUUCCCGCCUGCCCCGCUGGGGGACCGCGGCCCCUCCCGCCUCAGGCCCUCUAAAUUACGCCCAAGAGAAGGCCAUAUAUUGCCGUAUCAGGGGCGGCCCCCCGGACCAAGCCCCACACUACCAGCCCUUCCGCCUGACCCCCUACGCCAUGAAGCUGCGGCCGACGGACGGGGCCCCCGGCCAGCCCUGCUGCCUGCUCAUCGCGGAGCGCGUCCACUCGGGCUACGAGGCCCCCCGGAUCCCCCCAGACAAGAGGAUCUUCACCACCCGCCACACGACCGGCUGCGUGUUCCAGGACGUGGACGAGAGGGCGGCCCCUCUCCUGGGUUACCUGCCCCAGGACCUGGUCGGGGCCCCCGUACUGCUGUUCCUGCACCCCGACGACCGGCCCCUCAUGCUGGCCAUCCACAAGAAGAUCCUCCAGCUCGCCGGCCAGCCCUUCGACCACUCCCCCAUCCGCUUCUGCGCCCGCAACGGAGACUACCUGACUCUGGACACCAGCUGGGCCGGCUUCGUGCACCCCUGGAGCCGCAAGGUGACCUUCGUGCUGGGCCGGCACAAAGUGCGCACGGGCCCCCUGAACGAGGACGUGUUCGCCCCGCCCCCGCCCCCCACGGCCCGCGCCCCGGACCCCGGCGUGCAGGAGCUGUCGGAGCGGAUCCACCGGCUGCUCCUCCAGCCCGUGCACAGCACGAGCCCCACGGGCCCGUGUGGGGUGGGGGUCGCAGCCGCCUCCCCCGGACCCUCCUUCAGCCCCGGCUCCUCCAGCGACAGCAACGGUGGCGGGGAAGUGGAUGGUCCCCGCACUCCUGCCCCGCUCACAUUCCAGCAGAUCUGUAAGGACGUCCACUUGGUGAAACACCAGGGUCAACAGCUAUUCAUCGAAUCCAGAGCCCGCCGGGCCCGGCCCCCUCGCCACCGCCCCCGCCCAGUCCCAGAUGCCAUCAAGCCCGGUUCCCUCCCAGACCAUCCCCCAGGCUCAGCCGCCGGCCCCGGCCGCACCCCCAGCCCUCCCUCCGUGGUCACCCCGGGCCCGGAGGACUCGGGCCGGAAAGAACCAUCGAACUGCUCCUACCAACAGAUCAAUUGCCUGGAUGGCAUCAUCAGGUACCUGGAGAGCUGCAGCGUUCCCAGCACCGUGAAGCGGAAAUGCGGCUCCUCUUCCUACACCGCCUCGUCCGCCUCCGACGACGACAAGCAGAAGGCCGGAGAGGACCCGGCCGUGGGGCCCAGAAAAGAUCCGUCCGACGAGCCCUCCCGGCCCCGGGCGGGUGUCCCAAGGCCGCCCCUGCGGAAGGAGCCGGUGGUGGGGGGGCCGCUGACCCCGCUCGCGCUGCCCAAUAAGGCGGAGAGUGUGGUGUCCAUCACCAGUCAGUGUAGCUUCAGCUCCACCAUCGUCCAUGUGGGAGACAAGAAGCCCCCGGAGUCGGAUAUCGUCAUGCUGGAGGAGGCGGCCGGCGGCGGCGGCCCGGCGCCCGAGCCCGGCCCCGCGCUGACCCCGGACCCUUACCGGAGCGUGGGACUGACCAAAGAGGUGUUGUCCCUGCACACGCAACAGGAGGAGCAGGCGUUCCUGACCCGCUUCCGAGACCUCAGCCGCCUGCGCGUUUUGGAUCGAGAGUCCGGGCUGCCCAGCCCGCCGGCCCAGCCAGGCCGGAGGGGCGGCCGGUUGGGCCCCCACCACCACCCGGGCCGGCGGCAAGGGCGAUCCAAGGCCAAGCGGCCCCGGCCCCUCCAGGCCGCCGGGCCCAACGCCGCCGCCGCCGCCCCCCGGCCCUCGCCGCCUUCUCCCGCCUCGCCCUGGCCCACGUCGCCCGGCCCCCCGGCCCCCGCCCUGCCCUUUCCCGCCCUGCUGCCCACCUACCCGCUUCCCGUUUACCACCCCCGGGCCGGUGGACCCCCUCCGCCCGCCCCCCCGCCCUUCCCCUCUCCACUGGUGACCCCCAUGGUGGCCCUGGUCCUCCCGAACUACCUGCUGCCACCGCCGCCGCCGCCGCCCCCCGUCUCGGGGUACCCCUUCGGCGUCCCCCUGGCCCCGCCGGCCCCGGGUUCGGGAUCGCCCUCGCCCCCCCCGCCGGCCAGCCCCCCCUCGGCCCGCCCCACCUCGCCCCUGUUCGACUCGCGCUGCAGCUCCCCGCUCCAGCUGAACCUGCUGCAGCUGGAGGAGCCGCCCCGGGCCGACGGGGGGCCGGGGGGCCCCGGCGGCGGCGGCGGGCCCUGUCCACCCCCAGACUGACCCUGCCCCCCGUGUCCCCAGGCAGAGGUGAAUGAAUCGUCCAAUCAGGAUGCCCUCUCCGGGUCCAGUGACCUGCUGGAGCUGCUGCUGCAGGAAGAUUCGCACUCGGGCUCCGGCUCCGGCUCCGCCGCCUCGGGCUCCCUGGGUUCCGGCUCCCGCUCCGGUUCCCGGGGCCGCAGCACCUCAGCCAGCGGUACCCGCGGCAGUGAGAGCAGCCACACCAGCAAGUACUUCGGCAGCAUCGACUCCUCGGAGGCGGAGCCGGCGGGGGGGCCCGCGGGGGCCGAGCCCGGCGAGCAGGUCAUCAAAUACGUCCUGCAGGACCCCAUCUGGCUGCUCAUGGCCAACGCGGACCACAAGGUCAUGAUGACCUACCAGAUCCCUGCGAGGGACGCGGAGUCGGUGCUACAGCGCGAUCUGGAGCGGCUCCGAACCAUGCAGAAGCAGCAGCCGCGCUUCUCCGAGGACCAGCGGAGGGAACUGGGGGCUGUGCACCCCUGGGUCCGUGGGGGGCUGCUGCCCCGGGCCAUCGACAUCACGGCCUGUGUUGACUGUGGCAGCAGCGGCCCCGGCCCCCCGUACACGGAGGAGGAAGAAGGGGGGCUGCUGGAAGGACUCCUGGAGCCGAUGGAGGAGGGGAGCACCACCGCCGGAGACGGCCAUGGAGGAGGAGGAGGGGGCCGGACCCGGGGCGGCCCCCGAGACCGCCGGAUGAGCCCGUCGGAGGGGACCCGGCCCCCGCCCGCCCCUCCACACUCUGAGCCAGGACUUGGGGGGCCGCCGAAGAACCAGUGAGACCCCCCUCAAGGCCCAGGCUGGCGAAAGGGAAGAAAUUGGGGCUGGUCAAUGAGGGGCACCCCUUCCCUGUCUCCUGGGAAACCGAGGGACAGGACCCUCCUGGAACCCGGCCCAUCCCACUGGGCCGCUCGGGUCUUGACCCUUCUCUUAAGGGGGGGACCCUGGACCGGUGGAAGUGUGGUUUAUUGUAGGGGGGUGUGGGUGGUCUCCCAGACGCCAGCCCAUCAGCCGAUGCCGCUCUGACUGGCCUGGGAGGAUGGACGGCCCCAGGUACCGAGACCCCCCAAGCUGCCAGGGGCCGCGGGGGCGUCCCGUCUCCCCCGUAGCCUUUGCGUUUUUGAUAUUGUUGUGUCCGUCUCUUUUUAUAUAUAAAGAAAAACAUUCAACUCG